GGGACGCAAAACCUGUUUGAACAAAAGACGGACGCUGCGGAACGAAAUAGAAAAAAAUUCACACUUGCGCCUCCCACCUUCCCUCAUCACCCACCGCGAGCGCCGCCGGCUGCAUCGCCCGCGACGCCAAGCCGCCGCCAUGCGCCGCUUCGCCGCCGACAGGGCGCGCCGCGCGGUGGGCGCGUCCCUGCGCUCCGCGGCCUCCAGAUCAGCCGCGCCGUCCCCUCCCGCUCCGGCGCCUUAUCAUCCCUCCUCCACCGCGGCGGCGCCGGCGGCGGCGAUGGCGAUGGCGAUGGCGACCGCCAUGGCGAGGGCCAUGUCGACGGCGGCAGCCGGCGCGCCGGCAGUGUCGCUCGACACCAUCAACCCCAAGGUCUUGAAGUGUGAAUAUGCUGUUCGAGGAGAGAUUGUUACACAUGCUCAGAACCUACAACAAGAAUUACUGGAAAAUCCAGAAUCACUUCCUUUUGAUGAGAUACUUUACUGCAACAUUGGAAAUCCCCAAUCCCUUGGUCAACAGCCAGUUACAUUUUUCAGAGAAGUUCUCUCUUUAUGUGAUCAUCCAGCUCUCUUGGACAAAAGUGAAACUCAUGCUUUGUACAGUUCAGAUGCUAUAGAGAGAGCUUGGCAAAUUCUAGACAAGAUUCCAGGAAGAGCGACGGGAGCCUAUAGCCAUAGUCAGGGUAUAAAAGGUUUGCGUGAUGAAAUUGCUACUGGAAUUGCUGCCCGAGAUGGUUUCCAUGCUAGCGGAGAUAACAUCUUCCUAACAGACGGAGCAAGCCCAGCAGUGCACAUGAUGAUGCAAUUGUUGCUAAGGUCUGAGAAGGAUGGCAUUCUCUGCCCUAUUCCACAGUACCCGCUGUACUCUGCUUCAAUUGCCCUUCAUGGUGGUUCCCUUGUUCCUUAUUUCCUUGAUGAAGAGACAGGGUGGGGACUGGAGGUUGAUGAGCUAAAAAAACAACUGGAGGAGGCUCGAUCUAAGGGUAUCACUGUCAGGGCGCUUGUUGUCAUAAAUCCAGGAAACCCAACUGGACAGGUUCUUGCUGAGGAAAACCAAAAGAAAAUUGUCGAAUUCUGCAAGAAUGAAGGACUUGUUCUUCUCGCAGAUGAGGUUUACCAAGAAAAUAUAUAUGUUGAAGAUAAGCAAUUCCACUCAUUCAAAAAGAUUGCACGAUCAUUGGGAUACACUGAUGAUGAUCUUCCUUUGGUAUCAUUCCAGUCAGUUUCUAAAGGUUACUAUGGAGAAUGUGGAAAACGAGGUGGUUACAUGGAGAUAACUGGAUUCAGUCCUGAUGUAAGGGAACAAAUUUACAAGGUGGCAUCAGUAAAUCUAUGUUCCAAUGUCUCGGGCCAAAUUCUUGCUAGCCUUGUAAUGAACCCACCAAAGGCUGGGGAUGAAUCCUUCGAAUCCUUCAUGGAAGAGAGGGAUGGUAUCCUUUCAUCAUUGGCUCGGCGUGCAAAGGCUUUGGAAGACGCAUUCAAUAGUUUGGAAGGCAUCACGUGCAACAAGGCCGAGGGUGCAAUGUAUCUGUUCCCAUGCAUUCAUUUACCCCAGAAGGCAAUUGGAGCUGCCCAAGCAGCUGGCACUGCCCCAGAUGCAUACUACGCUAAGCGCCUUCUGGAAGCUACUGGAAUUGUCGUUGUUCCUGGUUCUGGUUUUGGCCAGGUCCCUGGAACAUGGCAUUUUAGAUGCACGAUCUUGCCACAGGAGGACAAAAUACCAGCAAUCAUAUCUAGGUUCAAGGAAUUUCAUGAAAAGUUCAUGGAUGAAUACAGUGAUUAAAUGUCCACUUGGGGUCAAAAAAAGAAGUAUCCACCUGUACUGAAAAGUGCUGACAAUGGAUGUCCAUCUCAAACUUGUCAUACCAUCAGUUUUCUGUCAUAGGCAUCCUGUCAUUUUUCUGUAAACAUAAUAAGGUCAUCCGUUGGCACCCUCUCAUCCUGUGGAUGCUACACAACCUUACAGAAUCUUGAGCACUUCAAAGCCAUGUUUCUGUUUGCCAUGUGAAAAGUGUAUUAGGCUCAGCCCUGACGUGUACGAAAGUACCCGAAUUUUGAGGUCAACUGAAAUGUCUCAGCACAUCCCUGAAAUUCUGGCUUAUGUUAUGGAGAA